UUUUCAUUUUCUUGCAUACUUCAUCGUCGUCGCCAUUAUUUUUAAAAUCAGCUCGGAAGCUGAUUUUUGCAAAAUUUUUUAAUUCGAUUUUCUCGAUAAUCGUUGGAUUUUUCCAUCAAAUCGACACAAAUUAUUGUCGAUUAGCGUGAAAACGCCAUUAAUUUCCAAAAAUUUCCCAGUUUUCUUUACAAAUUUUCUCACCAGAAAAUCUUUAAAAAAGUCAGUACAAAGGAAUAAAUUUGUAUUGUGUGUGCGUAAUAAUCAUGGCCCAAUAAAAUGUAUCAACUCAAAGAAUUCGAAGUGAAAACUCCAUGUGGAGGAAAAAUCCACGAUUCGUCGGAUUCGUCAUCAUCAUCUGUAGCUUAUAAUUUUUUUAAGAAGAGUAUUUUUUCUUUCGAUUUUGAUUUAAAUUUUAUUAACCAACAAACAAGUAAUGGACAAAAAACAACAACAACCAUAUUCUCGACAGGGUUCCAGCAAAGCCCUGUCAUCGUCUGAUUCACGUAAGAGCGCAGAACUUUAUUCCAACAAACCUUGGCCGAAAAAUUCGCGUCGUAGAGAAAAUCCUAAUUGCCCAGCUUCGAAGAACGAUAGUCAACGCGGCAGCAAGGUUGGUCCAGCAAAGACAAGGCCCAAUGUCGACAAACGGCCGAAGGCUCGUGGUGGUCCCAAUAAUAACUAUGGGCUCGCUGCCGGCCAAUCGGCAUUCGAGGACGUGCCUCCUGGCGGCGCCGGACUAGCAUCUGAAGAUGAAUUGCCGUAUCUUGAAUUUGCCGGCAGUAAUGCUACAACUGCUGAUCAUGAACAUGAAUUGAAUUCUGUUUAUCUAGCUGGAAGCAAGAAGCAGAAUUUGAAUCAUUUACUAAACUUUCAUUAUGGUCCCAGAGAGUAUGACAACUACAGUGGAUUAAAUGUGUUUGGUAAAAAUAGCAACACUAAUCGUUCCCAAGUUAAGAAGCAUAAAUACAACAAGGAGCAGUAUUUGCAAGCCAACUUCCAAUUCGUUGUAAACUGGAAGGCUAAACAAAAGAUAACACACUCACCAGAUACUCUUAUCGAUUGGGAUUUAAUUGAGCAAAUUAAUAUUCAAACGACCGAGGAGCCUCAAUGCCCCAUCUGUUUGUAUCCACCUCUUGCGGCUAAACUAACACGUUGUGGUCAUGUAUAUUGCUGGCCAUGUAUUCUUCAUUAUCUUGCAUUAUCUGACAAAACCUGGCGUAAAUGCCCCAUAUGCUACGAAGCAGUACAUACAAAUGAUUUGAAAAGCACAACCAUUGUUCAGCAAGUUAAUUUUAGUGUUGGAAAUUAUAUAAGUUUUCAAUUGAUGCAACGCAAAAAGGGUUCACUUUCAAUUGAAAAAUACAAUAUUUCUCAUUCGACCAACGAUGAUGAACAACUUCACAUGUACUCGGCCAGUACUGAUGACGAAUCGAAAUUUGCAAAAUUCUUGGUAGCAAAUAGAUCGGAUGUAAUUUCAAUUAUUGAAAGGGAACAAAAUGAACUGGCAUUUUGUGAAAGUGAAGCAAAUUGCCCCGAAUUUGUAUUCGUACAACAAGCUUUGGAUUUGUUGAAAGCCAGGAAGCUUGAAAUUAAUAAUGAAAUAGAAAACAUUAUGGAAAAGAAAGUUACUGUAAAAGUUGAAAAUGAAAAUUGCUUGCCGAAGGAGCAGCCUGAAGUCGUCAUUGACGAUUCUGAAAUUAAAAAACCACCCACACCAGUGGAAGAAGAAAAAUAUUCAAAAUAUUACUAUUUUUAUCAAUCUAUAGACGGGCAAAAUAUUUUCCUUCAUCCAUUGAAUGUGAAAAUGCUGCAAGCUUGCUACGGAUCACUUGAUCAGGCCCCAUUGAUUGUGAAUGCAAAGAUUUUGCAAAAAGAACACCAUUCAAUGGACGAGGAUCAUCGAAGAAAAUUUACGUGUUUGGGUCACUUACCUCUCACUUGUCAUUUUGAGGUGGUUGAGGUGCAGUUAGAACCACCAAUGGUAUCUGAAGAUGUUUUGCGUGUUUUCAAAGAUGACAUUCUUCAAAGGAAAAAAUUAAGACAAAAACGAGACAGAGAAGAAAAGAAACGUGAAAUUAAAAUAAAUGCAAUUAACGAUAGACAAAUGGGAAAACUUCUUUCAAGCACGGCCAACAUAAAUUUGUCUUCCUCGCAUGAAUUUCCAACGUGUGGCUUCGAGGAAACCCUUGCCGGUUCUCCAAAUGAAAUGUUUACUGAAGCCAUCAAUAUACCAAGUCAACCGAGCUCAUCAAAACGCACCACCUAUUCAUCAAUUGCUAAUUCUAUUGAUUCGCCAAUAGCAGAAUUCUGGCCAACCAUGGGAAAUUCAACAUAUUCUCCAAAAGCCACUAAAGAUUCAACUUGGGUAAAAGAAUCUACAGUAACACGUCAAAGAAUGACGUCUGAGCGUUACAGUGAAAGUGAUUCUGUAGAAGAAUUUCAUCCGGCACCAAACUUGGGAGAUGUUUUGGCAGAAGCAAUAAGCCAAAAACAUAACGCUCCCAAUAAAAAUGAACCCAAAAAUAGUGGUAGCAAAAAAUCUAAGAAAAACAAGAAAAUGUUGGUUUUCUCCACUGGCAUGAAUUUUAGCGGAAAAUAAUUAAAAGCAUACAACAAAAAAAUAUAUUAAUAAAUUCAGCUUCAAGAUAUAAUCAUACAAAAAAAUAAGUUUAACACAACAAAAAAAAAAUACUACUACUAAUACAGCUAAGCUUACUUUGUUAAUUAUUAUUUUGUUUAAUCACAAGAAUUCCAAUUCUUGUGAUGUUCUGAGUUAUCUAAAAUGUAAAAUCUUUUUAGUUCUUGAUUUAUUUUAAUAAAGCUUAUCCAUUAUAUCCAUCAGGCAAA